GGAAGAAUAAGCAGCUCGAUGCUUCCUGUUCAAAGUCCAGUAGAUGAAAGGUUUAAUGUUGAUCAGAAAAACUGAAACCUGAGGAUGUCGUGCAGGAACGGGGCUCUUCACAGAGCUUCAUAGAUCAGUUUGUAUUUGUUUUACAGUGUGUGUGUGAGAGAGCUGCAGACAUGCAGCAGGCUGUGGAGUCUCUGGUCCGCCUGCUGGAGUCCUACAGAGGAAGAGACAAAGUUAUCAGGACGGUGUGUUAUGGCUCCCAGCUGGUCGGAGGAGUUCUCUCCCGUAAGGCAGAAGCAGACGUUUCAUCCCACCAGCUCGGGAAAAGUCUGCUGCUGUUUUCUGCUCAGCUCAGUCACUGCAGGACGGUGCUGAGGCUGUUCGACGAUCUGUCCAUGCUGGCUUACUCACACGGCUACGGGUUUGGAACCGAGGAAGAGGACAAAGUCGUUCGCUGGAUAUCAAUACUGAACAACGUGGCCGACCAGCUCUACUACCCCUGUGAACACAUCGCCUGGGCUGCGGACGCCGAGCUGAUCAAACUGAAGUCUGAUAAAUGGUGGCUGUUCAGCACGGUGCUGUGGGGAACCUCGCUGCUGCUGGGAAUACUCAGGUCGCUACGAGUUCUGCUGCUGCUGAAAAAGAAGCUGAAGAGAUGUGAGAGAGAUGGAACUGGCAGCAGUCGCUCUCGCCUUCGCAGGCAGAUGCAAGGAGAGCUGCUGUCUGUCCUCAGCAGCAUGGCUGACCUCAGUAACGCCGUUCACUGGAUGCCGCCCGGCUUCCUGUGGGCAGGACGAUUCCCCAGCUGGCUGGUCGGACUGAUGGGCACCACCUCAUCUGUGAUUGGUUUGAUCCAGAUGAACGCUGGCAGCAACGACCAAUCUGAAAGUGCCUAGUCCUCAUCUCACAGGGAGAGGUGUUUUAUCAGUGCUGCAGGAAUCACAUGUAUCUGUGGAAAAAGCUGAGCGAAAGGAUGUCAAGUCGGUCUUUAAUGUGGUCAGACUCAAGUCAGACUGUCUGUGGAGAUUCAGUGCAGUUUUCUAUUGAGUAAAAUGUCCAAAAUACAUAAUCAACACCCUCUAGACUUAUAACUAAAUAGCAAUAAGUGAAUAUAAUCAAAAUCAUCUAAGAGAUUUUUUCAGUUGUGACCUCUUGAAAUAGAUUGUUUUUUUUCUAUAUAUUUGAAGAUUUUAGUCAGUCAUUAGUGGAAGAUAUGAUUUGAUAAUGAGAUGAAUCAAUUAAAUUUUCAUUCACAUUUUCCGUCACAUUUCUCAGCUGACUGUUGUAGCAACAUAAUCAAAUGUUGUCUUACAUAUAAAAGCAUCAGAACAGCGUAUUACUGCAGUGUAGAGAUUGUCAGAAAGUAUUGAGCAGGUAAUGGCUCUUGCUUUUUGUUGUCACCCUUUCAGUGCAACCAAGUGUCCAAAUAUUUGAAUGGGACAACAACUGUUUUCCCUAAGAAAUACACGUCUCCUCAGGGGUUUUUCAACAUGCAAAGUCUUCCAAGCCUUCAUCCUGCUCCUCUCAGGUCACAGGUUGAUUCUUUCAACUGCCAUUAUGUGGAUGAGUAGGUUUAAGCCCAGAAUAAAGGCACAUUUGUCACUACUUGUUCAGUGGAUCACCCUAGAAAGUCAGUGCAAAAGUAGCUAAAUGAUUAAUUAUGAUUAUAAAAACGAUUGUUUUUAAAGAUCGCCGAUGUAAGAUGAAUCCAAGAGGAUUUCGAAUGUGUGGAAGCCUGCCUGGUAAUUGUUGCCUUAGACAUGCACUCCAUACACCUGUUUUUUAAUAUCACAUUCACAAUGAAAACUGAAUUAAUUAUUACAUCUUUGUGAUUUAAUGUCUGCUGUAGUUGCUCAAGUGAACAAGAUAUUUCUGUGCCACUGUGUUAAAGUCCAAGUCAGUGUUUCUUUAACACUGACUUUAAUGUCCUCUAGCUACACUACAGCAACCAGUUUCUCAGGCUGCUGUGGUUGUGACAACCUAGAAAUUAGCUGCAGAAAUAUGAUUUACAUUAAAGAAUCAAUAAAAGAAAGCUGUAAUGCAAAGUAAUUGGACGACACUGGUGAGGUUUUGUGUAGAAACAGUCUUUCUAACUAGUCAAGUGAAACAGAAGCUGCUUUAGUAAUGUGUAAUUAUGUAAAAUAAUGAACUUUUUAAAUAAAUAAAUAGUUUUUU